UGAAAUUAUUUCUCAAUUGUAAUAUUAUAAUAAUUAUUAGAUUCUGUUAAUUAUGACUUUGAAAGUCAAAUUAUAUGAGAAUACCUUUUUUUUAAUAAUUAGUCAAGUAAUAUUAAACUUAGUCAAAUUUGUAUAUUUGAUUAUUGUAUUUACAAAACGGAAAGUAGGUACCUACACAUAUAGCAAUGCCCAUAAAAGGCAAUGUUCACCUGUUGUUUCAUAAUGUUAAAAACCCACGGUUUUUAAGUGAUUUUUUAAAAGUUUGCAGUGCUUUAGUUGUGACCAUCAAAAAUGGCUAUGCUUUCUUUGCGUAUUCGUUUGGUGGAUGAUGGGGUGACAAAAACAAUGCAAUUUGAUCCAUCUAUUUCUAUUGCAGAAGCUUGCUGUCAGAUCAGUGGAAAAACAUCAUCUCACCAUCUGUUAGAAUAUACAUUAUUUUUGGCCGAUGAAGACUCGAAAAAAGGUAUAUACUUGGAACCUACACGGAAUUUUGAAUAUUAUAUACUGCGAAAUGGAGAUUUAUUAGAAUACCGUAAAAAAAUACGUCCACUUAAGGUCAGUACUCUUGAUGGAACAUUAAAAACAUUAAUGAUAGAUGACACACAACCUAUUGCUAACCUUAUGGCUGUAAUUUGUGCUAAACUGGGUAUAACUAACCAUGAUGAAUAUAGUUUAGUACGUGAGUUCACUGAAGGUGAUGAAAAUAAUAUUAAUGUCGGAAAUUCCAUUAAAAAAGACCACAAAAUGGAGCAUUUACGUAAAAAGUUAAAGACAGAUGAAGAUAUCAAUUGGAUCAAUUCGGGUGCAAGUUUAAGAGAACAGGGAAUUGACGAAAGGGAAGGAGUUUUAUUAAAACGUAAAUUUUUCUUUUCAGAUGGGAAUAUAGAUACACAUGAUCCAAUUCAAUUAAAUCUAUUGUAUGUAGAAACUAGGGACGCUAUUUUAAAAGGUACUCAUCCUGUCACAGAGAACCUUGCCAUUCAAUUAGCGGGCAUACAGACUCAUAUUCAAUUUGGUAAUCAUGAAGAAACUAUACAUAAAUCUCCACUAUUGGACUUAAAAGAAUUUUUGCCACAAUCAUAUAUAAAGAUCAAAGGUAUUGAAAAAAAAAUACUUAAUGAACACAAAAAAUAUAUUGGAUUAGUUGAAAUCGAAGCCAAAGAUUUAUAUACAAGAACUGUUAGAGCACUUCCAACAUACGGUGUUACAUUUUUCUUAGUUAAAGAAGAAAUGAAAGGUAAAAAUAAACUGGUACCUAGAAUUCUUGGAGUAACUAAAGACUCUGUUUUACGUUUAGACGAACGUAGUAAAGAAAUACUACAAAAUUGGCCUUUAACAAGUGUUAGACGUUGGGGAGCUUCACCACAUACAUUUACCUUAGAUUUUGGUGAUUACUCUGAUCGUUAUUAUUCAGUACAAACUACUGAAGCUGAACAAAUAUUACAAUUAAUAUCUGGUUAUAUUGACAUAAUUUUAAAAAAAAAAGAAGCUAAAGAUCACUUUGAAAUUGAUUGUAAUGAACAUUCGACUGUUAUGGAAGAUACGGUUAGCCCAUUGAAAGCAAUAGUGAUAGAAAGUCAUGGUCAAAAGGUGAAAACUCAAUCAGUUGCUAAACCAACUCUUCUUAGGAUCCCACAAGAACCUACAUCUUAUACCACUGGUUACAUUUCUGAACAACAAUAUACUUCCAUUGAAAUAACUUGCACUGAAGCCUUAUCUGGAGUUUUAGAAGAUCUUGAUUUAACAAUGAUGGAAAAUAAUAAUUUGGAAAUGGAAGUUAAUGAACGAAAGUUUUCAGACUACCGAGAAAGUAUCUUAAAAACGUCUAAAACAUUAGUGGAAGAUACCAAGUCUUUAGUUGCAGGAGUUGGAGUUUCUAAGGAACAAUUGGAUAACUCUUCUAAAAAUGCGGUAUUGACAGUGACAAAACUUGUAGAACUUGUAAAGUCUGGCGCAGCAUCAUUAGAGGAUCGGGAAGUUCAAAUUAUAUUGAUUAAUGCUGUAAAAGAUGUUGCUAGUUCUCUUGGGGAACUUAUUCGAGGAUGUUUUGAUAGUCCUUCUAUGGAUGAAUUAAAAGAUAAAGCAAAAGUUUUAGUAACUAAUGUUACUACUUUAUUGAAAACGGUCAAAUCUGUAGACGAUGAACGUACAAAAAAUACCGAUUUAAUGAAAUCAACAGUUGAAGCAAUUGAAAAGGAUUUUGAAGAAAAUACAUUUGUAACAAAUUGUGAAACAACAACAGAAGAACUUGUACAGUCUGCAAAAUAUAUUAAUGAAGCUACUAAAAGUAUGUUGGAAAUUGUAUAUAAAGGUAAACCAAAAGAUGUUACUAACGCUGUACAAGAAAGUCGUAAGUCAGUUGGUGAAUUAUUAAUUGCUUGUCAAGGAAAAAAUUUAAAUGAAAAAGUGUUAGACGCUGGCCGUCAAGUUGCUGAAGAAUUUAAGACUUUUCUAACUACGAUUCUGGAAAAUUCUAAAAGGCCUAGCACAACUACAAAAAGAAUUUUAGAAGAAGUAUCUCAACGCUUGUCUACAAAAGUAGAAUAUUUGAUUACAAUUGUUGAGCACAUUGAAACCAUAGAGUAUCAUUUAUUGGAUUCAGCAACAUCAAUAGACACAGCGGUGAAAAAACUUGAUACAAUACAACCUAGACCCUAUGAAUUUAAAGUUGAUGAAAGUUGCUGGAAGUCUGACGAAGUUAUUUUGGAAGCAGUGAAAUCAAUUGCAGCUGCAACUUGUGCUUUAGUUAAAACAGCUUCACUUGCACAACAUGAAAUUGGAGUUGAUGAGGGAGUUGAUGGUUUAGUGUAUGCAGCUAGAAUGGUUGCCACAGCAACUCAUAGUUUAGUAGAAUGUGCUCGUGAAAUAAUUGAAGGUUUCUCUAGCGAAGACAAACUUAUAUCUGCUGCUAACCAGGUGGCUUCUUGCACAACACAACUUUUGGUAGCUUGUAAAGUCAAAUCAGAUCCAAACAGUGAUGCUACGAAGCGACUCUUAGCUUCAGGUAAUAUAUUUAAAUUUUAGAUUCUGAACGGAGCAUGAAAUGUGCAAUAAUGUUUAUUUUUAUACUGUACAAAAAUUCUACAGAAAUCUUACUCCAAUUUAUCAAGUGUGUUGCCUUUUCUGAAAGAAAAUUUUAUCUAGUUGGUACUUUAAGAAGGUAAUUUUUUGAUUUUCCAAGCAAUUUUUUAUAAUAAUUGGGAAAAACUGGAAAAUGUAUGAAAAUAAUGCUUUUAUUAUAUUAAAUUUUGUUUUUUUGUUAUAAUUCAGUUCAAAAUGUUUGUAGAGACUUGAAAAACAAGCAGAAAACUUAUAUUUUCUUUUUCUAGAUAUGGUAAAAUUUUUAAAACAUUUGAGCCAUUUUUGAGUUAAUUAUAGACAUUUUAAUUUUGCAAGUUUUAUAUAAUUUUUAUUCACUGGGUACUCUGUGUUCAUUAUAAAUUUUAUAGGAAAAAGAUAAGUUUAAUGUAGUUUUUUUUUUUUAUUAAAUUUUUAUGAAAAUUUUAAAUCCUACAACCUUUCAAAAUAUGUAUAAGCGAACUCCGUUCAGAAUUGCUUUUCUUUAGUAACAAUCAUUGCAUGCAAAUAUACAUUAAAUUCCUCUCUGUAUUCUACCUUCCCAACUUCACAUCUACAACAGUGGCCCACUCAUUGUGUGAAGUAUUUUUUUUUAUAUUAUGUAAAAACAUUGAUUUUUUUUUUCAGGUAAUGUAGUGAAACGUGCAACUGAGAAUGUUGUUCGUGCUGCUCGUCAAGCCAUGAAAACAGAUGAAGUUAAGAAUUUUAUAUUAAAUGAAAGAGUAGUUGGUGGCAUGGCUCAGGAAAUAGAUGCUCGAUCAGAUGUGUUAAGAAUUGAAAGAGAAUUAGAUGAAGCAAGAAAACGAUUGAUUGUGAUUAGACAAUCAAAAAACAGAAGUGUGGAUAGUUAUUAGUAUACUCUUGUCACAUUUUUUCUGUAGAUAUGACUUUUCAAACAAUAAGACAUUAUACAUCUAAAAUAUAAGAAAAGUAAUCACAAUACUACAUUCCUUAAUUUCUUAAUUUUAAAAUAGGUUAAUUCAUGGAUAAAAGUUAGUAAUGUGAUUCUUGUUUAGUAAAAUAUGCUCAUCUAGUAAAUGUAUUUUAAAAUUACAGAUUCACUUUUAUAAAUCAAAAUAUUUGUUUUUAAAUUGUAUUGUUUUACUCUGGAAGUCACAAUGAUAUUUUGUGUGGUAUUAUUCAUGUUAAAAAUAUAGUUAAACUUAUAAUAUUAAUGUAAAGUUUCACCAAGUCAAUGUUCAAUAAAAUCAUUUUUAAUAAUGUAUAAAACGAAUAAUAACUAUUAACAUAAAUUAGUUAAAAUAAUAUAUAAUGUAUGUUCAUUAUUAAAUACAAUUAAGUUUAUUAUUUAAUGUCUAAGUAAUAAAACAAAUGCUAACAGUAACAUUGUUCAAAAUAUUUUUUAUAGUUUUUGUUACCUUCAUUAAAUUCCAUUUCAUUUUUGUAUUAACC